UCCUGCCAAGCAUCAGUAACGGAGUCCUAGGGUGAUCCCGUACAGAACAUACUACUUUUUCCCCCUUGCUUUGUUUUUAUUUUCAUCCCAGAAACUUGGUGGUAAAAUGAAUUAAUAAAUAAAAUGUGUGAGUGGGUGGGAGAUGAGGAAAACUAAUACGAUUAAAGCUGAUUUGGGCACUGGCAGAGAGUUCCUGUCGGUAUUAGGGUAACAGCUGGUGCACUUCCCAUUAGAGGAGAAAGUGAAGAACUUGCCUUAAAGGAUGUGUCUCUGUUAGGCUGAGGGGGAACUGUUACAGUGAGCCUGAAGGAAUGUGUCCCAAGGUGGAGGAUGGAAUGAAAGUCAUUGGAUGGGUAUGCACAAUCUUGUGCUUGGUUUCAUACACUGCUGCCUUCUCCCAUGGUGCGAGUCUUUCUGCCUGUGGUGACAUGACACCCAAACAUAUAAGAGCUCAGCUUCAGAACCCCCGGAACAACUAUAUCACUCUCCACACCAAUAUGUCCUUCUACUUUCCAGGUGAUAAGGUACCAGUGACAGUGAGGAGCACUCGUGAUUUCAUGGGCUUUUUGCUUCAAGCUCGCAGGGUAUCUAAUGAUCAAGUUGCUGGCACUUUUGUUUUUAUUCCUCCGGGUUCCAAACUGCUGACUUGUUUUGAAGAUGGCGAUUCUGUAACCCAUUCUGACAAGUCACUGAAGAGAAACUUGUCAUUUGUGUGGAAGGCACCUGCCCAGCCCAUUGGAGACAUCAAGUUCUUUUUAUCGGUAGUCCAGUCAUAUUUUGUUUACUGGGUAAGGAUUGAAUCUGCUAUUGUGUCCCACCAAAUACAAAACAGAACACCUGCUGAUAGUAGCAAGAAGUCCAGCACUAUAAUGCCAACACCACUGCAGAAACCUACUGAUCCAAAAGUAACAGUUACAGCAAACAAAGGUUCUGCUACACCCAACAGUAUUACUGUCUUUACUCAAUCUGCAAAAUUUAUGCCUGCCAGACUGACUAGAAUUGCAGUGACAAAAGUACUGGAGCCUGCUUAUGGAAGCAGACAAGACACAGAACAACUUGAUAAGGGAAAGCAACAGCCUGAGACCUCUGUGGAUCCAGUAGCUUUGAGGGUCAGCAGCAGACAUGGAGGAGGGCAAGCCAACAGAAGCAGCAUCUACAGUGAUCAAAGUCUGGAGCCAUCACUUGAGUUUCAAGGGCUGGAUAUGGCAAACAUCUUGCGAAGUUUCAUUUUACAAGAUUAUGCCUCCAGCCCCAGCACAUCCGAUGGAUCACCAAGCAUCUCAGGUGCUUCUACAUCACAACUGUGUUUGACAUGUAAGGAAAAUAUACAGGAGGUUGCUGUGAACUCCAACCAAAUGACAACAAAACCUGUAUUGCAGGCUACAGCUUCACUUUCCACCCAGCUUUGGUACACUUACCUGCUUGCAGUUCCAGGCACAACGUCACAGCAUAGAGAUGGGGAAGCUGACUUGGAUGUCUCCAGCAGUUUAUCAUCAGCUUCAAGGCAGAUGGCAGAGACGCGGUCAGUGACACAGAAAGCUUCAGCAAACUUCUUGCUGCAGUCAGAACAUGCAGUUUCUGGAGAGGAGGAGGAGAACCAAGAGGAGGUUGCUGGGAAUACACUUCCAUGGGUGACCAGACCCAUGCCUGAUGCUGCUGUUCCUGGGAAAGAAGCAGAACACCCCAGAAAAGGGGGACAAUUCAUAGCAGCCCAACUUGGCAUUCUCCUUGGCUGUACAGCUGCCCUCGGCAUGGCCCUGGCUGCUGGGCUGCGCUGCAUCCAUGCCCAGUAUUGUCACAAGCGAACAGAAGUGUCCUUUAGUGAACCAGACAAUGAUGUCAUCACAAUGAGAGAAGGUGAGGAGAUGAUGCAAUUCAGGAAGAUACGGGAAAACAGCUUUGUGCUGGUGCAGGCCGAAUACAACUGGAUCAGCCCAUCAGGCAGUGGAAAAAAGACAGUCAUCUAAAAAUACCUGCAAAUCCCACAUAGUGCUUUAUAGAUUAGGUAGCGUCAUAUGUAGGGCAGAUGGUAAAAAUUAAUCGGAAUGUCUAACGUGAAUACAGGAAGCUGCUGUAGUGUAGCUCCUAUAUAUAACCAUCUCAAUAAAUAUACUCCAACUGAAAAAUGAUGGAAGUAGUUGCAUGUUCUGAUCACAGUACAAAUGCAUGCAACUCAGUUACAGAUGUUAUGAAAAUUAGACGUUCUAAAUUACAGAUGCUAUGAAAAUAUAAGUAGACAUAUUGUUUAAAAUGUUACACUUAACACAAUAAAUAUUGUAUAGCUACUCAUUAAUUGUGCUAUUGUAGCCAUUACAUUUCCUUUGUUGCCUUAAGGUAUAAUCAAAAAUAGAAAUUCUUCCUUUGCA